UGGAAGGUUACACGAGUGUAUUUUCAGCCUUUCUCUUGAAGACGUUUUCAUAGUAGAAGCUGAUCGUGAUUAAGCCUUGUGCGGAUAUAACACUGUUUUUUCCUGGACUUUUGGAGUUAAAACCUGAGUUCAGACGUCUCCGGAGUACCGACUUUAGCUGUGACAUGUUGCUGCGUGGUUUGUCGAUAUUUCCAGGCGGUAACGGACAGACCAAGCCAGGUUAGUUUAGCUAGCUGGUAGCCAAGCAGCACGGCUAAGGUUAGCUAUCAUUAGCCUCUCCGCUGGCAGAACCUAGUUGCAGUGUUGACUCAGCGUUUGUCGCAGCUCUGCUUGUUUGUAAGUUAGGCGUCGGAUAAUUUAAUCAACAGAUUGCCACCCCAGACUGCUGUUUCUGUGCAUAGACGGGGCGGCGGAGCAACUUCGCUAACGUUAACGUUAGCUACUUUUAUGCGCUGGACACCGCUGUGAGUGAAAGCUGACAUGGCAGCCAGCGGAUACUCUGACCUGAGGGAGAAGCUCAAAUCCAUGACUCCACACAGAGACGAGGAAAAAAAUAAAUACGUGGACGGGACGAGUAACGGAAGCGGAAAAGGUCGAAAGCGCAAGGUUCGAGAUUCCGACGACGAAUAUGAGCACAGCGAUGACAGCGUGGAGCUCAGGGAGCAGGUGGCGCACCGGGUGAAGAGCAGCAUCUUGCAGAAGAGCAUCUUCACACCGGAGGAGUGUGCGCACAUUGAAGAGAAGAUCGAUGAGGUGGUUGCACAAGGAGAGGCUGGACUUUACCGUGAGCAUACAGUGGAUAGGGCACCCCUCCGCAACAAGUACUUCUUCGGAGAGGGCUACACAUAUGGAUCCCAGCUAGAGAAGCGUGGACCGGGUCAGGAGAGGCUGUACCGCAAAGGAGAAGUGGAUGAGAUCCCGAGCUGGGUACAUGAGCUGGUGAUCAAGCCUCUGGUGUCUAGUGGAGUGAUCCCAGAAGGCUUUGUCAACAGUGCAGUCAUCAAUGAUUAUCAACCAGGGGGCUGCAUUGUGUCACAUGUGGAUCCUCAGCACAUCUUUGCAAGGCCCAUCGUCUCAGUGUCCUUCUUCAGUGACAGCGCGCUGUGCUUCGGCUGUCGCUUCCAGUUCAAACCAAUCCGCGUGUCAGAGCCAGUGUUUGUUCUACCGGUGAACAGAGGGAGUGUCACAGUACUCAGUGGCUAUGCAGCCGAUGACAUCACCCAUUGCAUCCGGCCCCAAGACAUCAAGCAGCGGCGCGCAGUUAUCAUCCUCAGAAAGACCAGACCUGAUGCACCUCGAGUGGACUCUGACAGUCCUUUAAGGUCUUCUCCUGCAGAGAGACCUGCUCCUCUUAAAGCCAAACGCUCUCACCGCAGAGCAGACCCCGAUGCUGCUCACAGGCCAAGAGUUCUUGAGAUGGACAAAGAGGAGAACAGACAUCCGUCAUUCUCCCGUCACCGGCGUCACACUAUCAGCUCAGAGAACUACUGGAAGCGUGGUCAAGACUCUGAGAAACACCGGGAGAGUUCAGGACGCAAAGUCAAAAUGAGACGCCAUUGAGCACUUCUCCAUUACACAUGUACACAUAUAAAUAUACCCGCUCUUUUAUGUAUUUCAAUAUUGUAACCUGAUUUGAUCAGUCAUCAUUUUCCCACUUGAGUUUUAGUCGGGCACAAGGAGCACAGUCAUCAUGUUGUUUGCAUUUUGAUUUGAGUCUGCAUAAGUUUGAAUGCGUUAUUUGUUUCUGGCAGACGAAGUUGACGUCUGUGCGGCACAGUUCAGAACCUCAAGUUAGUCACUACAGUAAGGCUCUGUUCAAACUGUUCAAUUACCUUAAAUUAAACAUUUCUUGUUUCUAUGUCCAUAGAUACUUCAAAACGGCAUGUAUUUUUUGUAACCAAGAUGUACAGACUGCAAGAGCUGAAAGAAAGAUGUAUGUAUGGACUUGUACAAAAGAAAACCUGAGCUGUAAUCUACCUUGUUAUAAUGUACAAUAUGUUUGUAUAGUCUUUGAUUGGGGGAACUUCUAUGCAGAAAGAAAUCUUUGUUGAUUUUUCUUAUUAUUUUUUUUGCGCCUACAUUUCUGAUCCACACCUUUAUUGUGCAAUCCCAGAGCUUUGCUAUUUGUUCAGCCUCCCUGUCACAGUUUAGGUUGAAACAACUGGCAAAUGUGCAGCCAUGCGGUCUGUGUUUGAUUUGAUUCAGCUGUAUGACUCAUCUUGGGUGGAGGUCACAAUAUGGUGGAUCAGCUGAACUAAUGUUUUAUGGAGUGAUAAUAAAACUUGAGUCUUGUUUUACACUCCUUAUACAAUGACAGAGGCUAUGUUAUUGCUGUUCUGCAUUAAAUCAAAUUGGGUGAUAUUUGGGUUAGUCACAACUUAAUUUGAAAAAACAGCCCUUGUCUUUAAUGAUAUUUGUCUUGUUUAGCUUGUGUCUGAACGCACAGACGUGAAGAAAAUCAAUUUGAAGAUGUAUUUGUUCUUGCGGUUUGCCAUGUAGACCGAUAAAUUUGUUUCUUGCUCCCAGUCAGCCAUAUUUUGCAGAGGUACUUAUUAACUGACUGAAAACAAAAGAUGGGAUGCUGACUUUGUGGACGCAGUGGUGGCACAUAAGGGGGUUUCCUGAGUUUGGUGGUAAUGUUUUUUUGGCUACAGAGGUGCUGGCUGAAUGAAAUAAAGCUGAAAUUGUCUCCA